AAAUCAUUUUCAUUCGAAGCACUGAAGCACGAACCACUGAAAUUCUGAAAUGAAAUCGUCAUUUUAAAAGUUAUAAACAAUUCAAAAAAACCAAUCAUAUGUAAACACAAAUAAACUGAUACUGAAUUUACAAAGAAAUAACUUUUUCAGUGCACUAAACUGAAAAUAAGAAGAAAAAAGUUUAGCAACAUGGAGGAUGAAAUGCUAUUAAAACAACCUACUGACCGACGUUUGGGUGAUAACAGUACCUUACCUCCCGGUCCACCGGGUGCCGAGUUUGAUACACCGGUAUUUGAAUCGAAGAAUGCCCCUCCAAAGAUGCCUGCUUUAGAAAAAGAGAACAGUUCCGCAGAGCGUGGUGAACGUUCAGAACGGUCAAGCCGACGUCGCUCGCCCUCUGGAAGUCCGCCGCCACGUAAACGUCGUUCCACUUCACGAGGCCGACGCUCCCCUUCUUCGCCACCAAGUCGUAGGGGUCGUCGAUCCCCGUCACCCAGACGUAAUCGUUUCCGUGACUACUCACCAGACAGACGCCGUUAUGGCAGACGAUCGCCCGACCGUAGGUCACGUUAUAACCGUGGAGGCAAGGGACGAGAUCGUUAUAGAGGUGGACGAGGUCGCAGCUCAAGUCGUUCAUUGAGCCGCAGUCCAACUCCACCGUCUCGGCGUGGCGGAGGAAGUCGUUGGUCACCCAAAAAGAAACCAAGUUCCCCAGCCCAUCCUCCACCCAUAACAGCAUCGGCUCCUCCACCGCCAUAUGGUGUUAUGCCACCACAAAUGUAUGGAGAUGCUUAUGGUGCACCUGGCUAUAAUCAAUAUGGCGUUCCACCACCACAGGCAGGUUUUCCAGCUGACGCAUAUUCUGGAAUGCCGGCUCAAUCGGCAGGAUUUAAUGCUGCCUAUCCACCGCCUGGAUCAUGGGGAGUUGAUGCUUAUGGCCAACAACAAUGGAUGGCUCCACCACCAGCACAAAUUCGGCAAAUGCCGCCACCUCAACAACCGCCACCACAGCAACCACCACCAACGGUCCAACAGCCACCACCCCAACAACCGCAAGCAUCAGCCCCAUCCCCCGCCGUUGCAGCACCACAAACUGCAGCAACUGCUAACUCUCCGGUUGUUACAAACACCAAUGUACCACCACCACCAACUUUGACAAAUCCCUUACAUGUAUUAUCGGAUGCUGCCCCUGGUACUGUUGAACCUAAUCCUCAACAUGAUGCUGUUGCCCAAGAAGCCGAAAAUCAACGCGAUGAACUUAAAAAGCAGCGUACCAGUUAUCUCAAGAAGACAGCAAUCUUGAAAAAGGAAUUGAAAAUGUUAAAAGAACAACGAAAGGAACUGCACUCGGGCAAAGCUCCAGCCUCACCAACAACCAAGGGAUUCAUCGAUGAAAAUGAAAAAUUACAGAGCCAAAUUCAAAAGAAACUCAGCACUAUCGAGAAUGUUAUUGACAUGUUGACGGGUAUUAUUGGUGAUGACAAUAUUGAUAAGGAUGAUGAUGUUGGAGAAGCCGAUGCCGAUCAAUUACUUAAGGAUGCUGCAGCUUCGGCUAAAUCUUCAGCAAUGCUUGGGGGCUCAUCAACCACCAGCAAGUAUGCAGCUGAAAAAGAAAGAGUUGCGGCAGAAAAGCCCAAAAAACAGAGUUCUUCAUCGUCAUCAGAUGACAGCACAUCGGAUUCAUCUUCUUCAUCCUCGGACUCCUCGUCGUCAUCGGAAAAUGAGGAGCCAAAUAAAGCAGAUGAUGAUGAUGACAGUUCACCAGAGCGUUUGAAAAAGAAAGUUAUCGAGUCUAUGAAGAAUAAGGACAAGGACCUUGUACGCAAAGUUGAGACAAAAGUUCCAACCAAAAAGGAACGUUUCAAUUACGUGUUUUAUGACCCCGAAAUGCAUUGGUGUCAAACAUGCAAUAUUUUCCCCAAAACCGCCAAAGAUUACCUCAAUCAUUUGCAUUCCAAAGAGCAUAUGGAUCGUGAAAGUAUUGAGACACCUUGGCACACUGAUAUGGUGACGGAUCAAUUUCCAACCUAUGACAACGUUCCAACGAAACGUACUCCCAUCAGAGGUUUGACGUUCUUUGUGCCAGCCACCGCCUGGUUUUGUAAAUUAUGCUCCAUUUGGAUGGGGGAUUUGCAUUGUGCUUCAACUCACUUAAAAUCUCAACUACAUGCAAGUAAAUAUAAUUCAUUCUUAGAAGAGAAUCCCCAUUAUGAGGUUAACUGGUUGGCUGAUCGUCAAAAGGUUUUAAAUGACCAAAAAGUAAAUCCCUUGCCUCAGCAAAUCACAUCUGUAUCCACAACGGCUGCUGAGCGUAAGAAGUCUAAGAAGGAUGAUGAUAAAUCAAGCAGCAAGAAACGGAAGAAGAAGAGUGACAAAAAACAAAAGAAAAAGAAGAAGAAGUCGACAAAGAAACGUAAGAAGAACGAUUCGGAUUCUAGCGAUUCAUCGUCCAGUGACUCUUCAUCUUCUACGGAGAGUGAUGAACCCAAAAAGAAGAAAUUACCACCAACCGUGGAAAUCAAGGAUUUAAAUAAUCCAAAUCCAGCCGGGGUUUCAAUACGUCUGUCAAUGCGUAAACAGGAAACAGCCAAACAUGACGAGGGUGAAGUUCUACAGGCACCACCGCCACCUCAAUUGAAAGGCUCAAAGGACGCUGCUGGAUCAGCAGCAUACGUGGGCGGCAAAUGGACUGUUGUCCAGGAAGGUGUAAAGACCAACAGAACCGAUGACCAAGAAGACGAUGGUAUUAUACAAGAAUGGAACACCGUGCAACCGGUAAUUAGCGAAAGCGAAAAGAAACUAUUGGAGCAGCUGAAGGGAAAAUUGAAAAAUAAAACCAACAGUGAACAGCAACAAUCGUCGAAGGCCAGUAAUGCAAGUAAUAAUAACAACAUUAAUACGGAUAACAAUACGGGGCGUUCGGAAGUCGAAAAGGAGAAUCGUCGUGAACGCCGUAGCAGUAAAGAUCGACGUGAUAGUCGUGAUCGGUACGACAAACGAGAUCGUAACUCUCGCGAUAAUCGUGACAAUCGUGAUCGCCGCACAGCUAGACGAUCAAUUUCCCGAAGUCCUACAAGAAGUCGCAGUCGAGGACGGGAUUACCGUCGCCAUAUGCGUCGUUCACGGUCAGCAAGUCGUGGACGUGGUGGUGGCUGGCGUGGCCGGAGACGCAACGAUCGUUCUCGUUCUAGAUCCAUAAGAAGACGUUCGCGUUCUUAUGAUCGACGGGGUGGUAGACGCAAUAGCAGAUCUCGAACACGCUCACCCAGCCGUAGUCGCGUUGAAAAGCCAAUUGUAAGACAACCCGAAUUUAGACCACGUGUCCCCGAAAAAGACAAGGAAAAAGAAAAGAAGGCUGCCGAAAAGAAGGAAAAGAAAGAGACACAGAAACCCAAGCCAGCAGCUACUAGCACAGCGGCCAAUAGCAAGACGAAACUACCGUUUAUAGGAAAAAUGCCGGUAUUUAAGAAACAAGCCACUGGACAACAGGGUGACGGCGAGAAACGACCAGAUGAUGCGCAAACAGUUGCUGCCGGUGGUUACAUGUAUCCAAUGGAUGCAAGUGCCUACGGCACAAUGACAAGGCCACCAGCACCCACAGCGGCACAAAUACAAAUGGCCAUGAUGGAAGAUGCCUAUGGCAAUGCACCACCCUUCCACCCGGAUGCUGGUAUGAUGGUGGACUAUGACGACUUAAUGCCUGACCCCGUACAGUUUGUUAAUAUCAUGGGACAAGCACCUCCACCGCCACCACCACAACAGGCGAGUGAUGAUAAAGAUAUGUUACCGCCUGGUAUUGAUGAGGAAGAAUCUGAAGAGUUUCUAACGAAAACAACAGUUGAUGGUCCACCGCCAAUAUCACCGGGUAAGGGUGAUUUGCCGCAGGACUUGGAAGAUGCCUUGAACAUCAUAUUCCCCGGCGAAAAGAAACUAAAAGAUGAGGAUGACGAAAAGGCAGCAAUUUCAAAAGGUGAAACCCAAAUCAUAAAUGACGAACCCAAGUUCCAACCUGAAGAAUUAGCCAAGGAUGGCAUUCACCUGGUCACCAUUGAAGAGACAUCCCAGUUGGGCUUAGACGAAGCUUCACAAAUGUCCAUGAAUGAGCCACUAGUAUUUAAUAGACCCUCAGCAACUAAUCCAUCCACAGCAUUUGUGGCCGAUAUGGAUAUAGAAGAUUCGAAUUCCCACAGUACGACUGGCCGUAAUAAUGAUGAUGUACCACCAAAACCUUCAGUACGGGAGAUUGCUGCAAAACAAGAACCACUUGUUGAAGAGACUGCAACUUUAAAUAAUGAUGAUAAUAGUUUGUCAGUGAAAGAGGAAAAAGAAGCGAUUGACCAAAAAGAAAAAAGCGAUAAUUUGACGGAAAAUGAUAUUCCAAUGCCCGAGAACGUUGUGAAGAUUUCAAGUGACACCAGUGAACAAUCAAAGAUUGUUGCAACAAGUGCAAGUGAACAAAAACAAGAAGACAUUAUACAUCAUGAAAUAGAUCUCGCCGAUAUUCCGCAGCCACCACCAUCGCCAACAGAAAGUGAAAAGAAUCGUCGUCAAGAGGAAUUGGAUGAUUUGGCUAUGCUAGGCAUCGAUGCCGAUGAUAUGGCAGCUCAAUGUAUGUAAACGACGCGGACAUUAUUUGCCUAGAUUUUUUUUUUCUUUCAAGAAAAGGUAAAGUUAGAAUUUAAUUCUUUUAAACAUAUAAAUUAUUUCUUAUAUUAACAAUGGAGUAAAAAUACAUCUUCAAAGGUGUAUUGGCGUAUUCACAUGCUUGAAUAAUUACAAACCGAUUACAUAUGCAAACUAAUGUAAAACACAACUUAUCACAAUUCCAAGAAAAAUAAAAAAACAAACUGAUCACAAAUAUUUUAAAACUAUUA